CUUACAAUGUUUCAAAAGUUAUAUUUCUGAAACAAAUCUAACAUUUUGUGCUGUAUGGGUAAUUAAAGUCUUUUGUUUAAUUAAUAUUUUUUUCAAAACAGACGUAGAUCACAACUUACAUCACAGGUCCAGAUGACUUUCCAUACAUAUUCCAGGGUUCGUACGGUCCUUAGAAGUUCUUAAAAAGUCCUUAUUUUUGAAUACUGUUUUUAAGGGCCCUUAAAAGUGCUUACUUUUUUACGUUUGUCGUGUUGACUUUAGAAGUUACUUUUUCCUUUGUUACGCAUUGGAUGUUACGUAACGGUAGUACGACUAUGUUUUUAUGGUACAAAUAUUGGGCCGAAUAGCUUAGUAAAUGUCGUACGAUGUACCAGAAUACUUUUGUUAGUGCACAAAAUAUACCGGAAUUAUCGGUUUACCGGCUUAUAGUGCUCAUAACUACUGAACAGAGCGCGCUGUAGUAGCUGUGUUAGUGUUUUGGCGCGUAAAUGCAGAAGUUUCGUUGUUUUGACUUGGUGUGAUUGUUUUUUCUUGUGAGAAAGGUUAUCUGCUAGUGAAUUUAUCUUGACCGUGAUGCCGGGGAAGUGUGUCUUUAACAUACUUUGGCUCGAAAAAGAGCAGUACAAAAAGUGGCUUUCCCGUGACCCAGACAAGCACAAGGCAAGAUGCCGAUUGUGCUGUAAAGUUUUCGAUAUAGGGAAUAUGGGCGAAUCGGCUUUGAAAGCACACAUGGCAGGGUCGAAGCACUCUUCAUUAGUUGAAGAGAAAACCAAGACCGUUGCGAUAAAAGAGUUUUUCAGUCCCAUGAACUUACCUAAUCAAACUUCUUCAACCUCAAAUGCUGCAGGUGUAUGCAAGCCAGCUACAGAAGCAAGUGGUAGUUUGAAUUUGUUUACCACUGGGAAAGACGUUCUGGAUGCAGAAAUUUUGUGGACUUUAAAGUGUAUUUGUAAUAACUAUUCGUACAAGUCUUGUGAGGAUUCAUCUCAACUUUUUGCUAGAAUGUUUCCAGACAGUUUAGUCGCACGACAGUUCUCUUGCGGUGAAAAGAAAGUGGCAUAUUUGUGUCAUUUUGGUUUGGCUCCCCAUUUCCAGACACUUUUAUUCAAAUCUUUUCAGGACACUAGUCACUAUGUCUUGCUGUUUGACGAAACACUGAAUAAAAGCACCCAGCAAAAACAAAUGGACAUCCAUAUUAGAUUCUGGCAUACUGACAAUUCAGUGAGAACACGUUAUGUUACUUCAGCUUUCAUUGGUCAUGCCACAGCUGAUGAUUUACUGAAGGCGUUUUACAAAUGUACAGAGAAGCUUGAUUUAUCAAAAUUGAUUCAGGUAUCAAUGGAUGGACCAUCAGUUAAUUGGAAGUUUUUCAAACUGUUGCAGGAAAACAUGAGAAAAGAGUUUAAUUUUGAGUGCAUUGAUGUUGGUUCUUGUGGGCUUCACACUUUGAAUAAUUCAUUCAAAAAGGGCGAAUCUGCAACAGAGUGGGGUAUUUCAUCUGUUCUGACAUCUCUUUACUCUUUGUUCAAAGAUGCCCCAGCACGAAGGGAUGACUUUGAAAAAUUAUCCACAACACAUAAAAUGCCAGUCAAAUUUUGCAGCUGCCGCUGGUUGGAAAAUGUUCCAUCAGCUGAACGGGCAUUAGAAGUUUGGAAUGAUGUAACAGAGUAUGUGGGAAAAGUUGAAAAAGGUUUACUUUCAAAAGUGACAUGCAAGUCCUUCGGUGUUGUCGCUGGAGCAACACAAGAUAACCUGAUGACUGUGAAGCUCAAUUUUUUUCUCUCCGUGGCAAAAGUUCUAAAGCCAUUUUUGGAAAAAUACCAGAGUGACAAACCAUUGUUACCCUUCUUCGCACAGGAUGUUCUUCAACUUGUAAAAAAGUGUGUUCAACUGUACAAAGUCUUGAAACCUGCUCAUUUUGAUCGUAUUUCUAGUGUUGAAAAAUUGAGCAAGUUUGAUUUUUCAAGCAAAAGUUUCCAUGCUUCAGCAAGUGAUGUUAGUGUAGGGUUUGUUGGAGAUAAACUUCUGAAAGAGAAACUCUUUAAACAACAGGUAACUGAAAAGCAAGUAGUGGUUCUAAAGUAUGAGUGCCAAAAGUUUGUUUUGACUAUGUUGGAGAGUUUGAUGGCUAAGUGUCCUGUAAAUUAUUCACUUGUGAGGAAUGCAGCCUGUAUUGAUCCAUCGCAAAUGGCAAGAGAUUCUGCUAGCUGUAGUCGUAAAAUGAAGUGUGUUCUUACAUAUUUUGUACAAAAGAAAGCGAUUGCAGCAGAGGAUUGUGAUGAUAUUUUAAUACAGUUCAAUGACUUCCUAGAGAAUGUUGUUGGACCAUCAUCAUCAGAGUUCCUGAACUAUGAUAGGAAUGAAGGUCUUGACAGCUUCCUUAGUGGCUAUUUUUUAAGAACAGCAUAUGGAAAGGUAUGGAAUGUCAUUAAAAUGUUGCUAAUUCUCUCACAUGGACAAGCAUCAGUGGAAAGAGGUUUUUCCAUCAACAAAGCCUUAGAAGUUGAAAAUCUGAAGGAAUCGUCUUAUGUAGCCCGCCGCACUGUACAUGACUACAUCACUUACUGUGGUACCAUACAUGACAUACCUAUUACCAAAGAAUUGAGGGCGUCUGCAUCAUCUGCCCGAAUGAAAUAUAUGCAGCAUUUGGAGGAGGAAAAUGCCAAGAAAAUUUCUGCCAGUGCACAGGAGAAGAGAAAGGAAAUGUUUGAUGAAAUUGAAGUUUUGAAAAAGAGGAGGGUUCUUUUGGAGAAGGAAAUUGACACAUCUGAAACAUCAGUUAAUAAUCUUUCACAAAAAGCAGAAACUUCCAGAAAUAUUGAACUGUUUAUCAAGUGCAAUGCUGUUAGGAAAGAAAUCUCUGUAAAGAAGCAGGAGCUGAGUGAUCUCAAAACUAAAAUUAGUGACUUGCAAAAUCUGACUAAAUAGACCUGGUUUCAAACUAAUUUCAUAUAAAGUACUUGACUAUUGAUUCACACUAGUGCCGUCUUAUCAUGGAGCUACGAACACUUUGGUGAAAACUGUUAAAUGUGUGAAUGUUGUAUUAUAAUUUUUUUACUAUCAAGUCGAUCAACAUAUAAGAAAGUUUGUGUUCGCAAAGUAUUUUUAAAUUGGUAAGUUCAAGGCGUUUGUUUAGGCCUAUUUUAAACUGCAUGACUAUGUAUAAUUAGUACUUACACCACUUGAUUUCUUUGUUAUAUUAAUACAUUUUUUGCCAACGUGCAGAAUAUUCUUGUAUUAAAACUUGUAGAUCAAUGCUAAAAGGUCCUUAAAAAAACUAUAAUCAAGUCCUUAAAAGUCCUUAUUUUUUAAUGACCUAAGAGAGUACGAACCAUGUAUUCCCUGUAGCUUGUCAAGUGACUACUAAAAAACAAUUCCAGUCCCUUAGUUAAAUUUUUAACUAUUCUGAGGAAUUUUUCCGGGAGGAUGGCCACAGUAACCCUGGGAUGACUUCAAUGCCUGAGGUCAAAUUUCUAGUUAUCAAACAUCCAAAAGUAUAUAAAAAUAAAGCCUAAACACACAGUCUGGGUCCGACCAGCAGGCGUUAAAUUAUUCCAUCUCACCCUUCACAUAGAAUUCUGCGAGUUGCAGAUGACGCGACUGCAUGCAGCAACAAUCGAACAAUAAUUGACUGUACAACGUAGCUACCUUCCCUUACAAAGUUGAAAACAAAAGGAAAACAGCCCUGUGUGCCAGCCGACCAACCACAAGACAGAACCGGACACAUGACGACAUAAGAAAAAAUAUAUGCUAUAAUUAUUCUUCUUUAAAGGUCUGGAGCAUCACAUCACACCACAGCAUAUCUCGUCCUGAUUGGCUGGUGAAAAAGGUAUCCAGCCAGCAUUCUGAUCUAUUGCUGCACAGCCAGCAGAUAGGUGAUAGGUUUUCACAACAAUGUGUUAACUUGAGGCGUGAAAAAUAACUUUCAGGUGCUGAAGUGUCAUGCCCCUGUCUUUCUUUCAUUAUGCUUCUAGAAUUUUACAGCAUAGUAAACCAGAAGAUGCUUUGAAAAUAUAACAGGAAAAAAAAAA